GUGAGGGAGACGGAGACCUGGAUGCCCAUGAAGACGACGCAGAUGGCGGCCAUGUCGACGCACACCGAGUCUUCGGGAGAUUCGCCCAACGGAUCGGACUUCGGAUUCACGGACAACGAAGACGACGACGAUGAUGAGGAAUAUGGCGUCAACGAUGGCGAAAAUGUUGAUUAUGAUGAUGAGGAAUAUUACGAUGAUGAAGACGAGGUAGAAGAGAACGAAGACGAGUACGAGUUCUCCGGGUCUGGUGACGGAGCAACAACAGCCACACCUGGAAGAGAGUCCAAGCCGUCAGUUAAGCCCGAUGUGAACGACAACAAGAUCCCCGAGGUGGAGCGGCCGACGGUCAACGAGGUGAACAUCGUGCGGGACACUAACGAGAUCCUGCUGCUGGGAAACGAGGUCAAGACCGAAGAGGAGUUACCGUCCAACGUCCUGAUGGCCCACGCCAGCGAGGACAGCAUCUUCAACAAGACCGAGGUCCUCGCAGCUUUGAUUGCGGGCGGUGCCGUUGGUCUGAUGUUCGCCGUCCUCCUCAUCCUCCUCCUCAUCUACCGCAUGAAAAAGAAGGACGAGGGCAGCUACGAACUGGGGAAGAAACCCAUCUACAAGAAAGCCCCGACCACAGAGAUCUACGCAUAAACCCUGACCUCCACACACACACACACACACACACACACACACACACACACACACACACACACACACACACACAGUGCCUCGAAUCAGGAGAGAAGCCCCGAAAACUCAAUCGAUUGACUGACUCCUCCUCCCUGACGUUAGCUAAUAUUGGUGCUGCUCUCUUAACCAAUCAGAGGCUUUGUUUUGGUCCUCUCGUCCCGGAGAAAAAGGAGCGACAGGAUUGGACGAUUUCAGCCGCGGUACACGGUGAUCAUUUCAUCACGUCUUGUUUUUUAUGAUUUUGUCCCCAUGUCAGGAGGUAAAACGUCCUCCAAACCCUCCCUUCUUCCCGUUAAAACACUAAAACUGUGCAAUGAUUCUCUGUCUCCGUACGGUACACAUUAACAGUCCGGUUAUUUAUUUCCCCCCUUCUCCGUUAUGACUCUUCCUGGACUGCAGCGUCUCACGUAUUACUGUAGCAUGUGAUUUUUUUUUUUUUAUGUGAACUUUUUAUUUUUUAUUUUUAAAGAACUCCUUGUAAUGCAGAGAGAUUUCAGAAAUGUCUUUUUUGUUUUCUAUUAAAGAUCCCGUCAUGAUGGGAAAGAAUUGAGCUCAUGUCGUUCAAAUUCCUUCUUUUUUCUUUUAAGAAGAUAUGUAGUUUAAUUUAUGUCAUCCAAUAAUGUUUUUUUUAACCUCCAAUUACAGCGAGAGGAGAGACAGUCAAACCAGGGUCAAGAAAUAUUUUUGCACAACUCACUAAACAACUUGCUGUUGUGUUUUUAGAUCUUUAAAACAACCUAAAAAAUAGUCUUUAUUUUUCUAUUUAAACCUUCUGGCAUGUUUAGUAUUGCCUCAUGUUGGGAAAAUCCCAUCUGUCUGGCACGUAGCGCCUUAUAAGUAAAGCUAAACUAAUCCAGGAAAAGGAAUGUGCAAUUACUGUAUCACACACACAUUCUUGUUUUCCUCCAUUUGGGAGGACCAUGACUUGUUGCCCAAACAUUGGUCCUCGCAAGUAAGCAAAACAAACACACGGUACUUCUUUUUUUUUUACCACUAAAAUAAUAACCGCUGGGUUUGUUUUUCUAUCAUUAUGGUGAACUUGACUGGACACGCUCCUACAGGGUGACACACCUACAUUCCUCACACAUGUACACACUCACACACAGAGCUGAGUCACAUGCCGACUGAAGCUGCUGACCCAUGUUCACAGUGAAGCUCAAAUAAAUAGUUUCAUUUUGGGCCCUAUCUGCGAUUUGGUUAGUUUAGCUUAGCUUAGCAUAAUGACUGGAAACGGUGGGAAACUGCUAGCGUUCAAAUAUCUCAAAACAUUGAGUUAAAGUUACUGCACGCUGACAAUAGAUCGUUAUAUCCAAUGAAUUUUGGGCCAAUUGUAUCACACGGAUUAUCAGGUUUGUCCUUAUUAUAUAGGAGAAAAAUACUUGAUAUGGUAGGUUUCCAAAUGUAGUUACCUGGUUGUAAUAACGUCAAAAGACUGUCUUGUUUGUUAAACAUGUAAAAACCAUUCUGAAAAAAGAAAAUCAGCAUUUUUACAGAAGGUUAAAGUACUAAACUACAUCAGAAAGCUUCCAGUAAAUAAAUGCAUUGGUCCAUGAUCCGUUUAAAAUGCAGAAUUAUCGCUUUUACACUUCUGUUUUUGAUAAAUCUUGUUAUUUAGUGACUUUAAAUGUAGCUAUUGGGUGGAUUUUGUUACUCUUUCGACACCCAUGCUAGCAGUUUCCCUCCGUUUCAAGUCUUUGUGCUAAGCUAAUCGGCCGCUGGCUGUAGCUUGACAUUUGAAAUGAAAAUCCCAACAUGGCAAACAUUCCUCUAGCUUCAUGCUUAUUAUCCAUAACUUGUUAAAACGUUAAUUGUCGUCCAGUGAAAAGACAUUUUAUGCUCGGAGAAACUGGUAGUUUUGGUACUUUCUGUUUUGAUGCUUCCUCAAUAAGCUAUGCUGACAGUUUGUUAGUUUUAUAUAUUGUAAUUAUUGGGUGAACCGGUACGCUCACAUUUCUUUAGCUGAAGACAGCAGCACACAGCCUGAUCUACCAAGGAUUUGUAUAUAGAUAAAAAAAUGUUUUAAAAAGUUGGUACUUAGCUACAAAAAUAUCUACCAAAUAUUUAAAUGCCAAAUUGUUUGUUUUUUUCCCGCAGCAGUUCCAUGUGAUUUACUGUCGAAUGUUUUUAAUACUAACUCAUCCAGUAGAUCAACUUGUUUUUUUAUUAAUUUAACUGUCAAAUUAUUGUGUUGCCUUCUUUCAGGUUGGGGUGUUUCCCCCUUUUUAAGCUGUUGUAUAUGUGAUUUAAAAAAUGUAUAUACACUAGUUUGAGAUUUUUUCAGAGGCAAAUAGUUUUGAAGCUUUUUAUUUUAUAAGAGUUUCUAUCUUUUAUCUUUUUAGACGUUUUUGUAUUUAUGUUUUUGUUUGUAGAAGGAUGUGUGGUUGGUGCUCGUCUCUGUUGUCAGACCGGCGCCAUUACUAGAUGUGUUUGCAGCCGUAAUGGAACCAGAUACAUUUGCCAACAUGUUUUUGCAAAUUCAAGGUUGCUCCCACGCAGUUAGAGAAACAUUUUCAAGGCUUUUUACCUCCCGAGAAACACGAAUAAUCUGCUACUUGUUUCAGCUAACAGAGGAGGAACUUUAUGUUUGGUUACAAAGAAAUUCAACCUCCCUGUGUCCGUUUUUAUCGCUGUAAUUAAAUACCUUUCUUUGUUGGUAAUGGCGCCCCGGUCUGUUUUCUGGGAGAGCGUUUGUUCUGCUGCUUAAUGUCACAAACACCACAUGUGAAUCACCAAUGGAGCGGAGGUGCUAAUGAAUCAUUGGUUUCUGCAGGUUCUGAUUUAUUAUUGGAAAUAAAGCUAUUUUUAUGCACAUUAACAUUUUAAAA